UAACCUCUCGCCGCCGCCAUGCUCUCCGUCCGCGUCCCGCUCGCCACCAUCGUGGACCCCCAGCAGCAGCAGCAGCUCCAGCUCUCGCCCCUCAAGGGGCUCAGCCUGGCGGACAAGGAGAACACGCCCCCGAGUCUCAGCGGGACCCGCGUGCUGGCCAGCAAGACCGCCAGGAGGAUCUUCCAGGAGCCCGCCGAGCCGAAAACUAAGGUGCUUGGCCCCAGCGUGGAGGACGAGCCACUACUGAGAGAAAACCCUCGUCGCUUUGUCAUCUUCCCUAUCGAAUACCAUGAUAUUUGGCAGAUGUAUAAGAAAGCUGAGGCUUCCUUUUGGACAGCUGAAGAGGUGGAUCUUUCCAAGGACAUUCAGCACUGGGAAUCCCUGAAGCCUGAGGAGAGAUACUUUAUAUCCCACGUUCUGGCUUUCUUUGCGGCGAGUGAUGGCAUAGUAAAUGAAAACUUGGUGGAGCGGUUUAGCCAAGAAGUUCAGAUUACAGAAGCCCGCUGUUUCUAUGGCUUCCAAAUUGCCAUGGAAAACAUCCAUUCUGAGAUGUACAGUCUCCUCAUUGACACUUAUAUUAAAGAUUCCAAAGAAAGGGAAUUUCUCUUCAACGCCAUCGAGACAAUGCCUUGUGUAAAGAAGAAGGCAGAUUGGGCCUUGCGUUGGAUUGGGGACAAAGAGGCUACCUACGGAGAACGGGUUGUGGCUUUUGCUGCUGUGGAAGGAAUCUUCUUUUCUGGUUCUUUUGCGUCAAUAUUCUGGCUCAAGAAACGCGGCCUGAUGCCUGGCCUCACGUUUUCCAAUGAACUUAUUAGCAGAGAUGAGGGUUUACACUGUGACUUUGCCUGCCUGAUGUUCAAACACCUGGUCCACAAACCUUCCGAGCAGAGAGUGAGGGAAAUAAUUAUUAAUGCCGUUCGGAUAGAGCAGGAGUUCCUCACGGAGGCCUUGCCUGUGAAGCUCAUUGGGAUGAAUUGCAUGUUAAUGAAGCAGUAUAUUGAGUUCGUGGCAGACCGACUUAUGCUGGAGCUAGGUUUUGGCAAGGUUUUCAGAGUAGAAAAUCCAUUUGACUUUAUGGAGAAUAUUUCACUGGAAGGGAAGACUAACUUCUUUGAGAAGAGAGUAGGCGAGUAUCAGAGGAUGGGAGUGAUGUCAAGUCCAACAGAGAAUUCUUUUACCUUGGAUGCUGACUUCUAAGAGAAAUGAAGAUGUGCUCUUAUUUUGCUGAUUUUUUUUUUUCCCCUUUCUCAUCCAAAAAAAAAAAAAAAAAUCAGCUACUUGAAGUGUAUCAAACCAGCUACACCAUGAAUUAUCCAUAAUGUUCAUUAAUAGUAUUGUUAAAACUGUGUAGCUACCUCAUAAGCAAGCCUGUUGAUUAGUGAUGCUAGUUGUCUCACCUAGAAAGAAGCAUAGACAAAAGCUCCUCGGAUUCUUAGGAAAGACCUUGGCCGUGUUUGGCUUUUGCAGGCAGGCUGGCUGUCCGUGAGUUCACCGUGGCUCUUAGUGGCAGUCAGGGCUCAACAUGUGUGGACCCUGGAGUGAGUCAGAUCCAGCAGGAUUAAUCAGUCAGUUACUCAAAGGCCCUUGGGAGGUCUCAGCCUUGGUGCUUCAAAGCAGAUUUUAAAGUUUACUUACUGAUUUGUAUAUAAAACUGGCACUUUACAUACAAAUAAACAGAGUUUGUACUGUUGAAAUAAAGGCCUGAUUUAACCUAAUUUGGUUUCUAGCCCACAUGCAAAGCCUUCUAUUGACCACUAAUGGGAGCUGGUCUGGAUUUUACUAGGUGGCCAAAGUCCGUCAAACCUGUGCAGAUCAAGCACGUUAUUUCUAUUCUUUAUUUUCUAGAAUGGAUGUGCUCUUUGAUCAACUUCAAAGUCAGCCCUGCACAUACCUAGGUAUUAGCUAGUUGGUGCCACAAAGAGGACAGGUUGUGGUUUGUAUUUUGGAGGCCAGGUGGAGUGUUGUGGAAUGAGAGCGAGGGGAAAGGAGCUUCUGACUUAAAUCACUGGAGCUUGCAGUGUGAUGCAGGCUGUCUGCUGGUCACCUGGGGAUGUGAGAGGGGCAGCAUCCUCUUAUAUUCCCCAACUUCAAGCUCUUAACGAAGAUCUUUAGAUCCUUAGCUAUAGGAUCUGAGAUAAUAUUGUAAAUUGAUUUUCCAAUCAUCCUUGCACAAAAUGCCCCACUGAGGAUCUUGCUCCAAUUAAGUGGCACAACCAGGACUGACGUUGGCUCCCCGAAAAGCUGAGCAUGUAUUCCGAUUUGGUUGAAUUUGUAAGUAGGUACUGUUGCUCUAUUUCAUUUAUAUUUACUACAUGUUUUUUAAAUUAGAACUUUUUUUUUUUUUUUUUUUUACUGUGUAUGUCCUUUUAUAUCUGUGGUUCAUAGUUUGAAAUAAUUGCCCAGUUAGUGCAGUUCAUGAUUGAAGCAGAUAGAAUUCAGUGCAGUUACUUCCAGCAUCUGCCUCAAUCUGAGCAUUUACCUUAUUGGAUUCCUGACCUUCAGGAGAAAACUCGAGUUGCAUGAGCUAUAUUAACACACGCUCUAUUCACAUUGUAAUUUUAGAUUGAUAGUAUAAGAUAAUAAACUUAAUAGGGCUAGUUUGAAUCUACCUGCCUUUGUUUCCCCCUGCCUUCUCCUUUCCACGCUCCGCCCCCCCCCCCCCAAAAAAAAACCCAGCCCAGCCAUGAUGUUAGGUGGAAGGUGGUGGAUGAUACGCACUGAUUCUUUGGCUGCAUUUGUUAACCUGUUGUAUUGUGUUGGCUGAUCACUGGCCUGUUCUAUUGUCAGUUUCUUCAUUUAUUGUAUAAAUUGUCAAAUAGUCAAUUUAACAAUUUCUGUAACAGGGGCUUUCUAUCUUUUAAAUUAUUGUGACCUAAAGUAAAUCCAGAUUAUGUGGUUCUUACACUUGUGCAACACAAAAGUGAAUAAACGUUUUUGCCUCGCGUG